GAAAAACAAAGACGAUUUUAUAUAAAUGUGGCUAUUUGGUGCUUGUUUAGGACGAUUUUGUCGACGUUCGUUUAACUCCGCCCGACUACUGUCGUUAACAUCGUACUUCACUGAAGUUUCUCAAUAAAUGGGUAUAUUGUUUCUAAAAUACAUACAAUGGGCUUAACAUUAUCAACAGUUUUCACCCGUUUGUUCGGAAAAAAGCAAAUGCGCAUACUAAUGGUUGGCUUGGAUGCAGCUGGUAAAACUACCAUACUUUACAAGCUAAAACUGGGUGAAAUUAUCACAACCAUACCGACAAUAGGAUUCAACGUUGAGACUGUUGAAUACAAAAAUAUUGCAUUUACAGUUUGGGAUGUGGGUGGCCAAGAUAAAAUUCGUCCUUUGUGGCGACACUACUUCCAAAACACCCAGGGAUUGAUAUUUGUUGUAGAUUCUAACGAUCGAGAAAGAGUAGCAGAAGCAGAACGAGAACUACAUAACAUGCUGCAAGAAGACGACCUCAGAGAUGCUGUGUUGUUAGUAUUUGCGAACAAACAAGAUCUUCCUAAUGCAAUGAAUGUAUCGGAUCUCACAAACAAACUUGGACUGAAUCAACUGCACCAGAGGAAGUGGUACAUUCAAUCUACGUGUGCAACUCAAGGCAACGGUUUAUAUGAAGGAUUGGAUUGGCUGUCAAAUGAACUAGCCAAAUAAAAUAUAGCACAUUGUGCCAACUGUAACAUCCUUUAAUCAUUCUUUAAGAUUAAUUCAUUUAUAGGUUUAAUCUUAAGAAUUUCAAAUAUUUUAUUAUUAUUUAUUAU